UUUCAAAAACACGGGAACAACCUCGUGUCCAACUUCAUGUACCUCUCCUAACAUUUUGGCUUUAUUUACUGUUAAAAACGAAAUUCGUUAUGGACACUGAUAAUAAUCCAACAACGGAGGUAGCUGCUACUACUACAGACAGUGAAGACACAACAGAAGCGUUCGUCAAGGUGAAAUCAAAGAAGACAUCGAAGCGAAAACGCGAGAUGGAUGGAGUCGAUAUGGAGGCUGAGGACUCCGUAGCAUGCAAGCGGCCUCAGUUUCCACCCAUUUCAGGCGACAAACUUAAGGGUGGUUCUGAUGAGAUGCGUAAGGUUGCUGUCCCGGCCCACAGGUAUACCCCUCUGAAGGAGAACUGGCUGAAGAUAUUCACACCCAUCGUCGAGAACCUACAGCUCCAAGUCAGAUUCAACCUCAAAACCAGAAAUGUGGAAAUUAAAACAUGUAAAGACACGCAGGACAUUGGCUCUCUCACGAGAGCUGCAGACUUCGUACGAGCCUUCGUUCUAGGAUUCCAGGUUGAGGAUGCCCUUGCUCUCAUCAGAUUGGAUGAACUUUUCCUGGAAACCUUUGAUGUCACAGACGUAAAACCACUGAAAGGAGACCAUUUGUCCAGAGCUAUUGGGAGGAUAGCAGGGAAAGGAGGCAAAACAAAAUUCACCAUUGAAAAUGUGACCAAGACCAGGAUUGUUCUGGCAGACUCGAAAGUACACAUAUUAGGAUCUUUCCAGAAUAUUAAGAUGGCACGGACAGCGAUAUGCAAUCUCAUCUUAGGAAGUCCCCCUUCUAAGGUGUACGGUAACAUCAGGGUCGUGGCCAGCAGGACAGCAGAGAGAUUCUAAAGUCACACGUGGAUUUAUAUUCUCGUCUCCUGAUGAAAGUCAGGUAUUCACCAAGAUUCUGAUCGAAGACCGGUUUUGCCUUUUUUUAAACCUACGGUAAUAUGGAUGGGUGGACCUGGUCCUAGAUCAGCACUCCUGAGACGCUUUUUGGAUGUGGGCCCUUGCCUGACAUCUUCCAGGACUUUUGUUGUUGAAGCUGGACAUAUUGAUCUGGGGAGUGCCUACCUGCCUUCGACAUCUGGACUGGCCUGGCCUAUCUCUUCCCACAGGGGAUAUUUGCAUGUAAAUGAUUUGCCCCUGGAUUUCAGUUUGAUUUAAAUAAAAUCUGAACCUAAAAGUAUUUGGAGGCCAACAAUUAAUUGUUACACAAAGUGAAAAUUUGAGUUAAUGUAAAUAAAACUGCAGAAACCCUAA